GGAAACCGUAGGAUGUGUUUAUUUAGAAGGUCUCUCUCUCUUGUAUAAUGUUCUCUAGAAUACUUUUACUGGACCUGUUCUUUUAAUUCAUGUUUCUUUCAUCACAGACCAAUGCCAGACAUAGACACGCUGAUGCAGGAGUGGCCGCCAGAGUUUGAGGAGCUCCUUGGAAAGGUACCAAUACAUUACUGUUUGCCAAAUUAAAUCACUGUUAGAUGUGUCUUAUUUUCCCCAGAACAUUCAUUAAUGAAAAAAAAACUGCUAAAUGUUUCUUCCCUUCCCCACAAUGUAUUUGCUGUCAGUGAUUGGUGGCAUCAGACGUCUUAAAAUCAAUCUAAACCUACUGCCAAGACUGUAGUCUUAAAAAAAAAAAAAUUAUUAAUAUUCAUAAAAGCCUUCUGAUGCCGAAACCUCUGACCGUCUUUAAAAAUGAAAUAGUUGUCCUUAGAUUAACGUUAAUUCCAACUGGUGUAGAGCUGAAAUAUCUUCAAAAUAAGAACAUAUCAGGUCCAUUUUAAAGUAGCAUUCUGUCUUGUGUGGAACUCAUUCUUUUUUUUACUUUUAGGUUGGUCUUCCAACUGCUGAUUUAGACUGUGAUCUUCCCACAUAUAUUGAUGUGAUUUGUGGUAAGUCAGUAGGACAACAUGUAUCUGUUAUGGGUACACCAUCUGCUCUUAAGACAUGACAUACAUUUUCAUACAUACAUUUGCUGGCAGUGUUGCUAGAAAAUAUGUUGGUUUUCAAAUAAAUAAUUUGAGUAAGAAAAAAUCCCUCUCCUGUCAAUUCAUUUUGGGGAUACAGGGCAGAGACUCUGAUGUCCCUGUAAUAAAAUCAGUGGAUUGUAGGAAAGUUGUGCUCUUGUUGGGAGCCAUUUCCAAGCAGAGCCAGUUUUAGAAAAAGAAAUGGGCUUGAGUUUUACAGUUGCAAUUACAUAUAUUCUUUAUGAUAAUUGAUAUAUUGGUUUCAUAAGGGGAAGUUAUCAAUUAAAGUGAGGAGCAUAGCAUGUUCCUUUUGUGCCACUAUACCCCACUCCUUCUAGCAUGUUAGCUCAUUGAGUAGGGCCCUAAAUGUCCAACUCAUCUGGUUACAAUUAAGUGUCUGUUAGUCCACCCAUUGUACCGCGCUGCAGAACUUGUUGGCGCUUUAUAAAUAAUAAUAAUAAUAAUGUUAGAGAAUGAGAGCUCAUAGAUUAUAUUUACUCAUGUUCAAAAUAGAAUUCCCCUUUGGGGGGAAAAAAUAAAUUUUCAUCUAAUUUUCAAUGCCGAUUACUUGCACAGACCGGUAUAUCAAUUAUCAUUAUAUACUAUGUGCUGCUGUAUUUGAUUGAAUAGGGUUUUUUCCAAGCAUGUAGUAAAACAAGUUAAUGCCGUUGUAAAUGCUCUGCUUUUCUUUUUACUGUAUGCAGGAAUCCUGGAUAUUCCAGUUUACAAAAACAGAAUCCAGUCUCUUCAUGUGCUCUUCUCUGUAUAUUCAGAAUUUAAGAAUUCUCAGGUUAGUUAAGGCUGUAGCCUGGUCUCCACAAGUUGAUAUCAGAGACUUAAAGAGCCCAAUUACGUCUUUCCUCCCAGAUCAAUAUACUAAAAGCAUUCACUGCUGAAAUGUGACCUUGAAGCACGUUAAUGGCAGUACUAAACGAUGUUCUGCCCUCAAAGAGAAUAUAUAAUGCAUGUUCCCCUCAAUUAAUGCAGUCUUGAAUUGUAUGCACUUUUGGGGUUAUUCACUAAAUAAUUAGUGGAUUUAAGCUUAAUUUUAAAAUGGAGGCAAAAUAACUGAUUUAAAAAUAAAAUAACAUUUCAUAGCUUGGUUAUUAGAGCCUACAUUUUAGAAUUCAUUUUCAGUUCACUAUAGUGUGGGGUUUAGUGAAUAAACCUUUAAUACGUUUUAAUGCCUUAACCAACUGGGACACAUUUUAGAACUGCAAACCACCACUCGCAUUAUUAACUAUUUUUCUGUUAAAAAGUAACACGUCAUGUUUAAAAUGAAAAUGUUUACCAUUUUGCGUCUAUAUUGAAAAAAUAUUCUCUUAAAUUACAUCUAACUUAAAUUACCUAUUUGCCCCAAUGUAUUUUUUUCUAAUGUGCAAUAGCCAUUGCCGGUACAUAGAUCUAGGUAAAUGAAACUCUAGAUAUUUGUAAGUUAAUUUAGAUGAUUAAUUGUAUUAUUAUUAUCAGUAUUUAUAUAGUGCCAACCAAUUCCACAGUGAUUUACGUUAUGAAAGGGGGGGCAUUUACAAUAAAUGUGACAAUUACACAGGAACAAUAGGUAGAUGAGGGGCCUAUAAUUAUCCCAAGGCCUCCUGCUAUUCUGAAUAUCCCUAAAGUGUUUUCUCUCUCUCUCCGUCUCCAUAGCAUUUCAAAGCAUUAGCCAAUGGAAACAAGGGAAGAGGCACCUCUGGAAAUACUGCUCCACCUACUGGGGACACAGAUGACCUGCAUGUUAACUGAUCUCAUUCAUUCUGCCCCACUAAUAUAGCACUUCUGCAAGCAGUCCAUAAUUGUCUGAAAUUGUAAUAUAUUCACUUUUAUAAACGCAAAUGCCCUUUUCCCCAUACAUAUCUGUAAUAGCUUUGCAAUUAUUUGCAUUAUGUAUGGGAAGCACAAAUUAAAAGGGCUAUAUAUUUUUUUUUGUUUGUUUUUUAUCUUUGUAAUAGUAUUGUGUUAUGUCGUUUUUCUAUAUAUUUUUUUUUUAUGAUUUAAUAAUAUGGAACACUAUGUAUAGAUAUGUUUCUAUAAUAAAAUAAUCCAACUCCUUUCAGAAAAUAUAUGCAAUAUUGAAACAUAACAAAUUGCAAAUAGAUACCUUCUAUUUAAGGUUUGGUGUACAAAAUAAAACGUCUGAACAUUGUACACGGAGCCUCAGUUUAUUGCAGGUGGACUUGGAUCAUAUAGAAGUUUCACAAUCUCAGCACUUGUAUUGAGUCCUCUUAAACAUGCAGAUGAGAAGACAUUCAAAACACCUCAUUUUAACAAAUGCACAUAUUAGUAUUGCUCUUUUUUAGCCACUUGCUUUUAAUCAGAGCUAUCAUUUUUAUGUUCAUUUAAAAAAUAAAAUCUCAUGCCUAUUAAGUAUUUAUUUAUAUUAAAUUGCAUCACGGCUACACCUGGCGGGUAGUGUUUUGUUGGGAGUUUUAUCUUAUACUGGAAGACAAGCUUAUUCUGACCUGCAAACACUUGUAUUUUAACUUUCAAACAAAGCCAAUCACUUCACUUGUAUCUACUUCUGUCAGUAUGCAGUGAUAUCAAAGCGCUAUGUGGUUCUGUGGUUGGGCUGCACAAACUGCUCACAUUGCAGCAUUUCCUUCAAUACAUUUGCUGUGAUUCUAUGAGAGCAAUGUAGCCCCCUUGAGCAUUUGGUAAAUCAAUAGAGCUUUUUAUAUGCCUUGCCCUGCUAACAAAAUAGAUCUUUGAGACGUAGUCAGUUUUUCUAACUAUGGACCUAUACAUACACUGAUUUCUUUUUUUUUAAACGGGAAAAAAUAAAUCUUUGGAAAUUUUAUGUUAACAGGCCUGAUGGCAAGUGUACUCUAGUAUUUUCUACUUGUAGUGUAAAAAGAUUUAUACCAUGAUGUUUUAUUGUACGACGUCUGGUGCUCAUUUUGCAUAUAGAACAAUUGCUAACAAAAACAACAACUCUAGGACAGGGAUAGGCAAUCUAUGGCAUGUGAGGUUGCUGGGCCCAAAUCAUCCCUAGAGGAUCCCCCAGAGUGCCCCAGCAUCUGGAGCGCGAGGGAGCCAGUGGUAUACACCUCCAGCACGUGCAAACACCACAGGGAACUCUAUUUCACAUUUCUACACAAGUUAUCAUGGCCUCACUGUGUCUUGCCAGAAUGAAAACAUUGGCAAAGUGUUCUUAACCUGUGGAAGGUGCAGGCCUAAAGAUCCACACACUGGAUCACCAGGAACUAAUAAAGCUUCAUGCCCCUCCUCCCUGGGAAUAGAGAGGCAAUAAGGAUAUGGGGCAUAAAAAAAGUUUUAUAUAUAUAUAUAUAUAUUAUCUUUUUUAAUUAUUAUAUCUUUAAAAUUUAUUGCAUAAAGAUGCUCACAAAUCCCCUGCAAACACCUUUCUCACACAACACUACAGCAAUGGCGUACAAAGGGGUGGGCGGCUCGCCCCGGGUGCCACUGACUAGGGGGGUGCCAUGACUUCCAGUGUCAUGUGUCACCCCCCCGGCCCCAAUCAUUACGCUGCGCACAGCCGCAGCACCUUUGCGGAGGCUGAGAAGGGGGAGGAGUCUUGCGGGACGCGGAGUGAUGACGCCGUACGCAGCGCUGCUGUCAGUCCGCCUUCACGGAUCUUCAGCACUAGGAUCCAGUGGUCGUCUCGGAGGGAAGCUAUCAUCAAAACGUGAAUAGUAAUUUAUGUGAUGUUAUUAAUUUAUGUGUUUAUGUAAUUUAUGUGAUGUUAUUAAAUUAAUUAAAAGGGGGGUAUAUAAUUAAAGAAUUAAAGGGGAGGGAGGUUUAAUUAUGGGGGUGUAUUAAUUAUGGGGGGGUGUAUUAUAGGAGGGAGGUUUAAAUAUGGGGGGGUGGAUUAAGUAAAUGUUAAUUAUUUAAAUUUUAUUUAUUUCUAAGUUAAUUUAUUUUUCAUAGUUGAUAUACAGUUUACAAAUUUGUGAAAUAAAUAUUAUUGAAAACAUUGAAAAAAUUGUGGGUGUUUUCUUACAUUUUUAUUAUGGGGGGGUGGUGCCACACUCAGGGUCCGCCCCGGGUGCCAAAUGCUCUAGGUACGCCCCUGCACUACAGACAGACCACACAUACAUAACCUUGCAAACAGCCCUCCCACAGUACCAUAGAGCCCACACAUACAUAACACAGCAGGCAGCACACAUAAACAACUAAAAACCGCUCACAUACACAAAAUACCAAAGACAGACUCCACACAUACACAACUAUUACAAUCAACCAACAUGCACACGCUUAACAGCAAAGACUGGCCACAGAAGUCUGCACAUAUACAUAACUGGCAGACUACAUAAAAUACCACGUACCACACACAUUCAUAACACAACAGGCUGCCCAUAAACACAAACUAUCACAAACAGCCAACACACAUGCAUGCAAUUCCACCAAUCACUCCACAAACAGACUACCACCUUAUAUACACACACAAAACACCACAAACAUCCAAAACAAAUAUAUAACGCAUGGACACAGAAUACAUACAGCCCACACACAUACACAACACCAUGCACAGUCCACAUUUACACACAUAAGACCUAUCAAAGCAGCCACCCCACUCGUACAUAAUACAUCCAGAAUUCGCCAACAUAUACAAAUGUUGCAUACACCAUAUGGCUUUAUUUCGGCACAAUGCUACCAAAGUUUUGCCUACACUGGCUCUAGGAAUAGACACAUCUUUGGUUGAGGCACUAGUUACCUCCUAUCAUCCUAAAAUAUCCAUACCCCUUUCUGCAAUACAUCUUGGGUGGAAGGGCAUUAAGUUACAUGCAUUGUGCUGGAAAAUCAAGUAUUAAAAGGACCUUUAGGCCAUGUUCUGCCCAACACAUUUAUAUGAGAGGAAAAAUGUGUGGUGUAAAGUGACAUCACAGCCAUAUUUCAUCACUGCUCACACUGGGUGCUUUAUAAAUGUAACCAACCAGUGGAAAACGAUCAAAUCCUAGAAGAGAAGAUGAGAAAAGUUUAGAAACUGACUGACAAUGUUCUCAUAGACAUUGCAUGACUUCAUUCAUAUAUCUCAUACUGCCAUGACA